UCCAUAAGGUGGCGAUAGCAAUCUAACAGCUUCGCUACCCGUUGCGUAUUCUAGAAGAAGAGGCUGGCAUGAUGGUUCCGGAUGUUGUUGCUUCUUGUGCUUGCAAAGGUAUUCGGCACUGUCUUCUGUGUGAGGAAUUGAAAGAAAGUCGCUUACAGGAAGAGAAGGUUGUGCAUCUUUUCUUCUAUGACCCCGAGAGAAAGCUAGCCGUUCGCAAAGAUGCAGAGCCUCCGUCUUUUCCCUUUCCUGGGGUGUUCCUGUGGGAGAACUUCCUAUCCGAGGAGGAGGAGACAGAGUUGAUAAGCAGCAUGGAUCAGGAUGUCUGGAAUCCGUCCCAGUCUGGUCGGAAGAAGCAGGACUUUGGCCCAAAAGUGAACUUCAAAAAGAAGAAGGUACGCCUCGGCAGCUUCAGUGGACUUCCCAGUCUGAGCCAUCAACUAGUCCUCCGUAUGCAGCAAGAGGCAAAUCUGGCAGACUUCAAACCUGUGGAGCAGUGCAAUCUGGACUACCAUCCUCAGCGAGGCUCCGCCAUUGACCCCCACCUGGACGACUCCUGGCUGUGGGGAGAGCGCCUGGUCACCGUCAACAUGCUGUCCGACACCACUCUAACCAUGUCACUGGAGCAGGGUCUCCCUCUGUUGGGACUGGCUGAGGAGGUGAACGUUGCCGUGCUGCUCCCACGCAGAUCUUUGGUGGCGUUGUACGGAGAGGCGCGCCAUCGCUGGAAGCAUGGCAUUCUCCGAAAGGACGUCCAGCAGCGCAGAGUUUGCAGCACCUACAGAGAGCUGUCUGCAGAGUUCCUCCCCGGGGGACAGCAGGCUGAGCAGGGGGCUCGGCUACUUGAUGUUGCUUUAAGCUUCAAGGGCGCUCCAGUUUAGAUGCUGCAGAUACGUAAGUAAGAGAGUUAACUAUUGGGCAGCAUGAAUCAGGUGGUAGAGUGGUUGUCUCCAUGAUCAUGUGGAAGUAUCCUUGGGCAAGAUGCUGGACCCCCAGUUGGUCCUGAUGCUGCGUCAUCUUGGAGGUAGGAAAGCACUAUACAAGUGAAAGACCGUUUACCAUUACCAUUUAACUGAUACACAUUUGAAUGAGCCCUCCAGGCACCAUGGGUGUGUUUGAUGUAACACAUUUGAAUUUGCACUAUUUACAUAAUUUACAUAUUUAGUUCAAGGAACAGGUAUGUUUGGUUUUCAUAAAUGAGAAACUAUGUUUUUUAUGAUUAAUCCAGUCCAGGUUUGGGGAUGUCCAGUGGUUUUUAAACUGCACAAUAGGUUUAAUAUGGGAUAGAGGAUGAAAACAGAGAGAAAUGUACCUUAAUGCAUUUUCACAAACAGAAUAAAGGUGUCACAUACAAUGUUUUUAUCAACAUUCAUGAUCUGUAGAUUAAUCCAGUCCGCAUUUGAGCGCUUGAGCCAGCGUUUUUCAAGGUCUGACAUGCACUGGAUGUUGGGAAAAAAACUUACCAAUGUGCCUUUAUUGCAUUUCCACAAAUAGAAU